AUGAGAAGCCCACUCAGACUGUCUCUCCUUGCCGUCGCCCUUCUUGCUGCCGCCCCUCUUCAACUCUCCUUGCCGUCGCCCUUCUUGUUGCCGCCCCUCUUCAACUCUCCUUGCCGUCGCCCUUCUUGCUGCCGCCCCUCUUCAACUCUCCUUGCCGUCGCCCUUCUUGUUGCCGCCCCUCUUCAACUCUCCUUGUCGUCGCCCUUCUUGCUGCCGCCCCUCUUCAACUCUCCUUGCCGUCGCCCUUCUUGCUGCCGCCCCUCUUCAACUCUCCUUGCCGUCGCCCUUCUUGCUGCCGCCCCUCUUCAACUCUCCUUGCCGUCGCCCUUCUUGCUGCCGCCCCUCUUCAACUCUCCUUGCCGUCGCCCUUCUUGCUGCCGCCCCUCUUCAACUCUCCAUUCCGUCUCCCUUCUUGCUGCCGCCCCUCUUCAACUCUCCUUUCCGUCGCCCUUCUUGCUGCCGCCCCUCUUCAACUCUCCUUGCCGUCGCCCUUCUUGCUGCCGCCCCUCUUCAUCUCUCCUUGCUCGCCCUUUUGCAGGCGUGACUAAGUGCGAUGAUGUGAAGAGUAAAGAUUGCACACAGCCCAAGACGUACCUUUUUGGCUUGAUCAAAGGCAAAGACCCCACCAAUCAGGAGAUCAUGGACUGCCUUGUGAAGCGUGAUCAACAGCUCAAGGAGUGCAGCAUGUCAGACUGCCUCAUGUCCAUGAGCGCCGCAUACCAGCUGUCCCUAUGCAGCGCGGCUGAGUCUGGAGAGUCUAUGUGUGGCCCACCUCGCCCGCGUGUGCAUGUGCUGUGGGGCUCAGCCAUCAUGGUGCCAACACGUGCGUCGCAUGGAAAGGCCAUACCGCUGACCUUUUUGCAGGGCGGAAGUGUCUAUGGAGUCUAUGCUGAGCCCAACUCGCCCGUGUGUGCAUCUGCUGUGAGACUGACUCUGUUCUCAGUGUGGGUGUUCGUGGGUGCUUGGGCUGACGUGACGGUGACGAGGCUGGUGAAUCGCGUGCUGGUGUACGGACUCGAGAGCGGGCUGCCCAUGCUCUUCGACUGCGACGGCAGGGGCACCGAGAUCUACCCCACUGUGUUUGCGCUGUGGCUUGUGCCGGACCUGCUUCCGUCCUUCCUGCUCAAGGGUGGGGAGGUGUCUCGCUACGUGCUGUCAGGGGCUGACCUUAUGGCGCCAGGCGUGCAGGUGAGAGUGAGGCGUGCAGGGGCUGACCUCAUGGCACCGGGCGUGCAGGUGCCCGCGGAAGGCCUGCCAGCAUUUCGACCAGGGGAGGUGUGGUCUGUGAAGGUGGGCAUAACGAUGGUGGGCAGUGCGGAUGCUGUGGGAGCCGGCAUGAGAGGGAAGCUCCUCCGAAUCACCCACUACUACCGUGACUCGCUCUGGGAGACAUCAGAGGGCUCGUACGUCCCCAACAAGGGCUUCCUGCCGGACCUGGUUGUGCCCGACCCUGAUGCCGAGCCUGUUCCGUCAGAUGGAGCAGCACCUGAAGAUUCACCUGGUGGCGGCUUGGGUGUUGCUGGGGCUGGCGAGGGGGAAGGGGAGGCGGGGCAGGGUGAGGGGAGGGGUGAUGAGGGGGGAGAGGCAGGUGCGGUCAUGGAGGAGGGAGCAGCAGCAGCAGCUUCAUCAGAGCAGCUGUCAGAAUCUCUGCAGCAUCUAGGCAUGCAUGACACUGCUGCUGCUGCUGCUGCUAGUGCUGAUACUGCGGUUGGGGGCAGCGAGGGGGAUCAAAGAGCAGCAGCAGCUGCUGCAGAGGAAACUGCAGAAUCAGCAGCAGCAAUGGCAUUGACACCGGCACAGAUGGAUGAGUUGUUGGAUCGCUCUCUGCUGCAGGCCCUCUCCGUCUCUGUCAAGCCCGCCCACCUGCCGCUGGGAGCUAGCACCCUUUGCCAGCUCUCUCUGGUAAGCUUCCCCUUUGGUAGCCGCUCUCUGGUAACCUCCCUCCCAGGUGGCAUUGACACCAGCACAGGUGGCAUUCUCAAAAGUGCCCUCUCCGUCUCUGUCAAGCCCGCCCACCUGCCCCUGGGAGCCAGCUCUCUCUGGUAA